AUAUAAAUACUUAUUUUAUUUAUAAUAUUACUAUUUUUUAUUUAUUUUUUAUUACUAAUUUAACCGUUUGUUCUUUUUUAUUUUUUUAUUUUUAGAGAUUUUUUAUUUUUUUUUUCAGUCUCUGAAACUUACUAUACGUGUCUCUCAAAAUCCCUGUGCCCCAGAUCCAUGUCUUCCUUCUUCAAGCCCUAGAUCAGUCUUUUAGGGUUUUCAAUUGCUUUUCUGUGUCUAUCAGCCCCUCUUUCACUCUUUUUUUUUUUUUUUUUUGGUUUUUCUGUGGGUACAGUGCUUUGGCUAGACCAGUGCGUUUAGUGCAUAAGAAGAGCCAUUUUUUGAGGUGUGUGUGAAGAAUCUAUAAUAAGGUUUUUUUUUUUUUUUGGUUGGUUGAAAGUUUUGGUGUUUUCGUUUCUUGGAAUAUUGGGUUUUACUUGCUUCGGACAAGUGGGGUUAAUUUUUUUACAUUGAGGAUAGAGAUCAUAGUUUGCAAGAACUAGCAUUUUUCUGGGUUGUUAUGAAUUAAUUUUUUUUAGUUUGGUUCUCUGAAGGUUAUCAAGAAGAUUUUAGGAGCUGGGUUUCUGAAAUACAAGGUGUCUUUAUUUUCCAUUUUGCUUCUUGCAAGCUUUUAAGUGUUAGGUCGUCAAUGGGUAGGUUUUAUGGUAUUCAUUUGGUGAUUGAUGGCUGUGAAUGGGAUGAGUUGAAUUCUGGAUUUUAGUUGGGACUUUUGCCAUUAUCUCUCUUACCAAAAUAUCAUUUCUGGGUUCAAGUUUAGGAAUUUAUGGGCAAUGGAAGAAAAUGACUUUAUUAUAAUAGGCAAGAUUUGAAGGAGUAAAUAUUGGUUCUAAAGGAGGUUCUUACUCUGGGUGGUUUUGCUUCAUAAUGGGUUGCAUUUGUUGCAAACCCUCUGCUAUUGAUGAUAGCAAGGAGAGCCCAAGAGAGCGAUUCUCAAGCAAGGCCUCAUUGGACUUGCGAGGAGCAAGGGUAACUUCAUCGAGGAGGGAAGAAGCAUAUAGAGCGAAAGAUCGAUAUGAUAGUAAUGAUGGAAGAGCAAUGUUGCUUGAUAAGCAAUCCAAUGGAUUUGUUGCUUUACAUGGUGAAGAUAUUGAAAGAAAAAGGGAGAAGAUGGAGUAUGUUGUUAAUCAACAUCCAGGGACGGGUAGCGUCCCUAAAGCUUCAGAAGGGGAGCAAAUUGCUGCAGGUUGGCCUUCCUGGCUAGUUGCAGUGGCUGGAGAGGCUAUCAAGGGAUGGAUUCCACGGCGUGCUGAUUCUUUUGAGAAGCUGGAUAAAAUCGGCCAGGGGACUUAUAGUAACGUCUAUAGGGCUCGUGAUCUUGAUAAAAAGAAAAUUGUUGCUUUGAAGAAAGUGAGGUUUGAUAACUUGGAACCUGAGAGUGUUCGCUUUAUGGCAAGGGAAAUUCACAUUCUACGUAGGCUUGAUCAUCCAAAUGUAAUAAAACUGGAAGGCCUAGUGACAUCAAGGAUGUCAUGCAGCUUGUACCUUGUUUUUGAGUAUAUGGAACAUGAUUUGGCUGGGCUUGCUUCGCACCCUGGUCUGAAGUUUACGGAAGCACAGGUUAAAUGUUACAUGCAACAACUUUUAAGUGGACUUGAUCAUUGCCACAGUCAUGGUGUUCUGCAUCGUGACAUUAAGGGUUCCAACCUUCUUAUUGACAACAAUGGCAUACUUAAAAUUGCUGACUUUGGUCUGGCAAGUUUUUAUGAUCCCCAUCAACAUCAGCCCUUGACAAGUCGAGUUGUAACACUUUGGUAUCGGCCACCAGAGCUUUUACUUGGUGCCACUUACUAUGGGACUGCUGUAGAUUUGUGGAGUACUGGUUGCAUACUUGCUGAAUUGUAUGCGGGGAAGCCUAUUAUGCCUGGAAGAACUGAGGUAGAGCAGUUGCAUAAAAUUUUUAAGCUUUGCGGCUCACCCUCUGAGGAUUAUUGGAGAAAAUCGAAGUUGCCUCAUGCUACAAUUUUCAAGCCACAACAGCCCUAUAGACGCUGUGUUGCAGAAACUUUUAAGGACUUCCCUGCACCAGCUUUAGCACUUAUGGAGGUUCUUCUUUCCAUCGAUCCGGCGGAUCGCGGAUCUUCAGCUUCUGCUCUCAAGAGUGAGUUCUUUACAACAAAACCUCUUCCGUGUGAUCCAUCUAGCCUGCCUAAGUAUCCUCCCAGCAAAGAGUUUGAUGCGAAAGUACGGGAUGAAGAAGCUAGAAGACAAGGAGCAGCAGGCAGCAAGGGUCAGAGAGGAACAAGAGAAUCUCGAGCCAUCCCAGCACCAGAUGCCAAUGCUGAAUUGGUAUUGUCGAUGCAGAAAAGACAAGGUCAGUCCAAUUCUAAGAGUCGGAGUGAGAAGUUUAACCCUCAUCCAGAAGAAGUUGCUUCUGGUUUUCCAAUUGAUCCACCCAGACCAUCACAAGCUGCAGAUGUAGGCAGUGAUUCUCAGGGCUUCAAUCAUAAGCGAGCAUCACACUCAGGGCCAUUGGCUCAUCGGGCAUGGGCAAAGGCUACUAAGAACCCAGAGGAUGCUCCAAAGGUUUCAGCUGGGGCUGACUUGUCAACAAUGUCAGGUAUAGUGGCAGCAAGGAGGAGUUUGCUGUCUGAAGAACGCCGAGAAAGGUCUAGUUCUUCGCAAUCAGAAGUUCCAAAAGUGAUAGGCAGGUUUCCAGGUUCAUUUAAGGAGGCAACAGAUUCCUCACAGCAAGAUCAAAAGUUGAACAUGCAAGUCAUAGGUACUAAUCAAAAAGAAGAUGGACAACUAGGCAACAAAGAUCCAAUUCUUAUUGGUUAUGGAUCAAAGAAUCACAAAAUUCACUACUCUGGUCCAUUGUUAGUCCCCUCCAGCAACAUGGAGCAGAUGUUGAAGGACCAUGAUCGUCAGGUACAAGAAGCUGUUAGACGAGCACGUCUUGACAAGGCAAAGGUCCGAAAAGUUCAGGCUGAAGGAAACCAAAUAUCAACCAAUUCAUUAUUUGUGUCUGGUCGGUGACCUGGUUCUUGAAGACCCCAAAUGAAGCAAGGUAUCAUCAGGAAAUCACUACAAAAUAAUUUGGUGGGUGAUUUUGUCUUGAAAAGUGCAAGUUGUUAUUUCAUGGGGUGGUUUUCUUUUUGUAUAGAGGCUGUUCCUAGGAGAAUAGCUGGUGCCAUUUUCAGCAAAAUUUAUAGCUUAGAAAUCUCCGUGUCUCUCUCUCCCCAAGUGGCAGUCUAUUUAACGUGCUAUCUUCAUUCCACUCUGCAAUUGUUAUUUCCAAAAUAUGGCCCAUUCUUGUAGAGCCUGUUUAUUGGCCAUAAACUGUAGAGUAUUUGGGAAAUAUGACAUUUUCCUUUGUAAUGAAAAGGACUAAGAUAUAUUACUACA